AGUUGUUGCUCUUCCUGCUGUUACACCAACCUCUCUCUCUUUCUCGGCGGACUCUCCAACGUUCCUUUCUGAAAAGAAAAUUCUCUCCCAUCCAUACUUUCUCAUUCAGAUCUCGACGGAGAAGAAGACACACGCGCAGAGAGGUGUACAGACGGGAUAAAGAUGCAGAGCGCGGCAUUCACUCUGUCUCCCUCUCUUCCUCUCCUCAGACCUCGAAAACUCUCACUCCAGAACCCUAGAUUUGAUCCUUUACGCUUCUCUUCUGUUACUUCUUCUUCUUCUACUUCUAAAUCACACGAUCUCGCCGCACCUCUCAAUGCCGUUUCGCUUCCUUCUUUGCCACGUCGUUCCUGGUCCUUGUCCUCAUCUGCCUCGCGGCUCCGGCCCUGGUCCAAUGUUCCUUCUUUCUCUCCCGAGGCCCGAGCUGACCGCUUUCAUGUCAGAGCUAAUGCCUUCCCCGAGGCCGCUAGCGAGGGCGAGAAGUCUGAGAGCGUAUCCAAGACUCUCGUGCUUGGAUUGCUGUUUGCCAUGUGGUACAUUUUCAACAUCUACUUCAAUAUUUACAACAAGCAGGUGUUGAAAAAGUACCCGUUCCCAGUGACCGUGACUCUUGUUCAAUUUGCCAUCGGGUCCGUGCUUGUCAUUUUAAUGUGGACUCUGAAUCUCUAUAAGAAGCCGAAAGUCACUGGUGCCCAGCUUGCAGCUAUCCUGCCACUUGCAGUGGUGCACACACUGGGAAACCUUUUUACUAAUAUGAGUCUUGGCAAAGUGGCUGUUUCAUUUACUCACACAGUCAAAGCUAUGGAGCCCUUCUUCUCUGUUCUGCUCUCUGCAAUGUUUCUAGGGGAAAUGCCUACUAUCUGGGUGGUUAGUUCCCUUAUACCAAUUGUUGGUGGUGUGGCACUUGCAUCUGUAACUGAAGCCUCUUUCAACUGGGCUGGUUUUUGGAGUGCGAUGGCUUCCAACUUGACAAACCAAUCCCGUAAUGUCCUUAGUAAGAAGGUUAUGGUUAAGAAAGAGGAUUCUUUGGACAACAUUACCCUUUUCUCGAUAAUAACAGUCAUGUCCUUUAUCCUGUUAGCUCCUGUGACUUUCUUUAUGGAAGGUGUUAAGUUUACUCCUGAGUAUCUGCAAUCAGCUGGAUUGAAUGUUAGUCAGAUCUAUAAAUGGUCUCUUCUUGCUGCAUUAUGCUUCCAUGCGUACCAGCAGGUCUCUUAUAUGAUUUUGCAAAGAGUAUCCCCUGUUACUCACUCGGUGGGUAACUGCGUGAAGCGGGUGGUGGUCAUUGUCAGCUCUGUUCUAUUCUUCAGAACACCUGUCUCACCUAUCAACACCCUUGGCACUGGAGUGGCUCUUGCAGGGGUCUUCCUAUACUCAAGGGUGAAGCGUAUUAAGCCAAAGCCAAAGACAGCAUGAUUCCGCAUAGAAAAUUUUGAGUGGGUUAAAGUGAUUACUCUAUUCGCAAAUUCAAUUGCUUAUUAGGUUAGGCUGGGCACUUUAAUAUAUAUAUAUAUAUAUAUAUUUCAUUUUGUAUUUUCCUUUUCUUGAGGGUGUUUUUAUUCUUUUGUGAACCCUUUCCUAAUUUUGUCACUUGUCAGGUAACAUUAUGCGCCUGCCUACUUGUUUUCAGCUUAGGCCCCCAAUUCUAUGACCUUUAAAUUUUGAAUGGAAUACCCAGCAAUGUGGAAUCCAGUUGGUAGGAAAUGCAGGGAAUUGGUCGAUGUCAUUUUAUUGAGUUUUUCUUUUUUUGGUGAUCGUCAACUACUUGAAUUUCAUAUUGUUUCUAUCUACAUGAAAAAGCAGGCCAAAA